AUGGCUGCUGAAUCCAAGACCGGCCUCGCCGUUGGCCUCCAGAAGGGUCACAAGACCACUGCUCGUGUCUCCAAGCCCCGUGUUUCCCGCACCAAGGGUCACCUGAGCAAGCGCACUGCUUUCGUUCGCAGCAUCGUCCAGGAGGUCGCUGGCCUUGCUCCCUACGAGCGCCGCGUCAUUGAGUUGCUCCGCAACUCCAAGGACAAGCGUGCCCGCAAGCUCGCCAAGAAGAGGCUCGGUACCUUCGGCCGUGCUAAGGCGAAGGUUGAGGACCUCCAGCGCGUCAUCGCUGAGGCUCGCCGUGCCGGUCACUAA